AUGAGUAUUCCUAAUAGCUUAGAGGUGAGUGACCAGGACGAUAAAGAGAAGCAAAGACUGCGGAACUUGGGUUUGCAGUGUAUUUCUCCAGGAUUUUCAAGUGGAAAGAUGGAUGAACGAAUGUUGACGGCGAUCCAACAGUCAAAAACCAUUGCACGGAAACAGAAACAGGCCAUUCAGAUGAUGGGUUGUGGCCGCGCUGAAGAAUCAGACGAAGAAACCAAAGCUGAAUGCGUCCCAACAGAUGGUGGAGCAGGUCCUAAUGAGGACACUACUGCGAACAACGCAGUGAACGGCGCUGCAGGUAAAAGGGAAGAAACUGCUGCAGAAAUUAUUCCAGGUAGUGCAAUGGAUCAUUGUAAAGAGCAAGGUGCAGGUAGCUCGUUGAAACGUUCUCGUGUUCCGCCGCCGCUCAAAAUCGCGCCUGCCAGCGGGGCAGGCGCAGCGCGAAUCAAAGCAAGCCUACGCUUGAGUGGUGCACAAAGCGCUCCUGCGAACGUCACUCAGCAUACACGCGCGUCCUGUAGGGUGCAGUACCUUGGUCGACAGCCGGAUGGCAGGAAGCGGGCAAAACUGGGCGCACAGCCAGCUUUCGGAGGGCCCUACGCACCUUACGCCUUCUACCCUAUGCCUGCAACCGCAAUGGGUUAUCCACCCGGUGCUUACGCACCUGGCUCCUAUGCUCCUGGAAUGUAUGCGUCUGUUCCAUAUCCAAUGGUAGCUUCAGCAGCACCUCCGCGCCAGAUUCCGGCGCAGCCAUCACUGCAGCGUGAUUUCGAAGCUUUUAUGAAUCAAAAUCAGAGUGUGGGUACCCGCGACGUAUUUUGUAAUAAUAGUAGUCGAUGGGCACCGCUACGGAACCAGCCCAAAAGUGCAAGAGAAGAGUUCUUCGGUCUGAGAUCGAGAGUUUCCGGCGAAGACAGCAGCGCUGUUGACACUAGGUCCACAGCAUCCCACAAAAGCGAACAAGAUGACACUGAAGACGUGGACCUCGCCAUUGAAGAGGGUGCACAGCCUACCCCUAUGCCUGCGGGCACAAUUGCAGAGCCUAAAGCGGCAUCUGUGAUGUACGGCGAAAUCAGGCUCUUGCACGAUUCUUUUGCCUUUCAAUUUCCCAUGCUAGAGCGCAAUACUGACAAAAAAAUGUUUAUGAGUAUUUGCGACAAAGUUUGGGAUGAUGCACAAGCGUUGAUACAAGAAUGA